GGACAGAGGGAAGCUGGUGUUGUAUGUGGCCCCAGCCCCUCAUCCUUCCAGGUAGAGAAGCCAGUCUGCGGCCCGCCACGGAACCACUGCCUGGGACAGACAUGAAGCGCUGGCAGAUUUUUGUCCUGUGGAUCUUUUGGGUGCUCAUCCUCUGGCUGAUGGCCCCCUAUCUGGAUCUGACACCUGAAUCAGCACCCCAGGGGAAACGAAUGUACUUGGUUCCACGGCGUUACAACUGCCCCCGGUUCGGUUUCGGGACAUUUCGCUGCCCUUCUGAGACCCUCAACUGCUCCUCCUGCCCCCACCCAGCCGCAGAAUGGAACUGGCUUGAUGUGUGCUCCAGGAAGACCAUGGGGUACCUGAUGAGGACCAGGGAGUCUAUGACCUCUGACACUGUGCUCUGGUGGUUGGGCAUGAACUCGGGGAGCAAGCUUGGGAAAUUAUGGAAGAAGCUGCUUAAAGUGAUUCCCAGGCUCUCGGUGAACGAUUUUGAUUUUUACUGUGGGACUUGUGUGCUGUUGGGGCACCCACAGAUCCUGCAGGGCUCCAGCCUUGGCAAUGACAUCAACCAAUACCCCGUGGUUUUCAGGAAUGCCAGUGACCAGGGUUCCUGGAUGCAGCUGAAGAUGUUGCUGCGGAAGCUCUCUGAGCUGGUGUGGACUUCAGGUGCUCUGAGUGAUGAGGUGAUGGAAGAGGGGUCCCCAAACAUUCCCUGUGUGGGGGGGCAACCAGGGAAACUGGCUGCAUUCCCAGGGUGA